GGUCAGUGUUAUAAUAUCUACUAGAGGUAAAGUUGGGAUGGGUUGCUCUGCCGAGAAAGAGGGGAAAGUCUUGCAAUGAUGGUCCGCAUCGUUGGACUAAGCUGCAAGUUAGGAGGCAGUGCUGCAAGCUGUGAGUUGGGGACUAGAGAAGACCCUGGACUAGAGUUGCCACUCUGACAAAAGCAAUGCUGCUCCUCUGAAUAGAAUUUGUAUGUUUGGUGUUAGUGUAAGAACUAUUGUUGAGGAUGUUUAAUGUCUUGUUUGCUUUGUUCUUUUGAGUUUGGUUUGGGUGUGUGCUCUAGUAGUUUAGUCUUGCCCAAGUCGACUGUUAAGGCUGAGUAAUUUUUGCUCACCCGGAUGGCUCUAGUUCAUUUCCAGUUAAGAGGGAGAUUAACCUUUUAUUCAGUGGAUAUUACUCAUGUACUCUUGUAUUUUCAAGGUUUAUAAGAGUUUUUGAUUUGCCUUUUGACAAAAAAAAAAUAAAAAUAUACCAAAAGUGAAAACAAACUUUAUUGAAUUGCGAAAUGAUUUUUUUUUCUUUAGGAUUUUAAAAUUAACGUAGUUCCGAACCCCUCAUACGGAAGCCAAACAGGGCAUAUUGUGCUUGUCCCGAGUGAGGACUGAGGAGACUAACGCAAAUAAACCCUGAAUAAAAACCCUAAUUACUUGUUGCUAUUUUCUCCCUUCUUACAACGCAAGCACUUGGGAGCCAUAAGAAAUGGAGCAGAGGCUUUCAAAUACAUGGCGGAUGACUGUGAAUGAGAAGAAAUUCAUCGAGACGGCGCUGCUGUCGGAUCUCAGAAUCGAUGGUCGCGGUCCUUUUGAUUAUCGAAGCUUAACAAUCCAGUUUGGUAGUGAAGAUGGCUCAUCAGAGGUGAAACUAGGUCAGACUCGUGUAAUGGGAUUUGUAACCUCCCAGCUGGUGCAACCUUAUCGUGACCGCCCGAACGAAGGAACUCUUUCCAUAUUUACUGAAUUCUCUCCAAUGGCAGAUCCUUCAUUUGAAGUAGGGCGUCCUGGGGAAUUUGCCGUGGAGUUAGGACGCAUAAUUGAUCGUGGGUUGAGGAUAGCAAAUCAGAAUAAUUAUCUUGUAGUGAGCCAUCAGAAGUGUGUUGCAGGGAAAGCAGGGCAGUGGACACAGAAUCACUUUGUGUCGUUGCUGAAUAGGAAUCUUGUGGAUGCUGCCAAUAUAGCUGCUUUGACCGCUCUUUUGACUUUCAGAAGGCCAGAAUGCACGUUAGGAGGAGAAAAUGGUCAGGAAGUUACCAUACAUCCUCCUGAAAAUGAAUUAUCCUUCUGGAUAAGGUUUGUCAGAAGCAUUGCUCUUCCAUAUGAGUCUGCUUCACUACUGAGGCAGACUUGGGAACCACUUCCUUUGAUUAUACACCAUCUCCCUAUAGCUGUUACCUUUGCAUUUAUCGGGGCUGAGAGCACUGUGGUUAUUGACCCGUCACACUUUGAAGAAGCUGUUAUGGGAGGAAAAUUGACUGCUACUCUGAAUACAAAUGGUGACGUCUGUGCUAUCCAGAAAGCUGGAGGAGAAGGCGUCAUACAGAGUGUUAUUAUGCAGUGCUUGCGGAUUGCAUCUGUAAAGGCUGGCGACAUAACAACCAAAAUAAAGAAAGAGGUUGAAGUCUACAACUCAGCAAGAGCUUUGAAAAAGAUCAAACGACACCCUGAUCUUGUUGGCGUCAGCCAAGUUGCUCAGAAGGGAGUUGAUAAUUUAUCAAAGGCAAUGGGGAAGCGUGAAAUGAAAACAGAGGAUAGAAGUACGCAAGAGGACAUGGAAAUAGAAACCAAUUCAUCUAAAAAUGAUGAAAGCAGUUUGGGGAAUGUCAAACUUAGAGCUUUUAUUGGUGGGCCAUCUAGCUGGGAUCCAUAUUCCAAGGGUGUCAACGUUGAUGAAUUGAAGGCAUCUUUGGGUUUGCGAGCUGCAGUGAUCCCCGAACAAAAGAUGGAUGUAUUACCUCCUGAAAAUCCAGAGUCUGAUCAACCCCUUAGAGAUGAAGAUCCACCAUCACCUCCAUCGCAAGAUACAGCUAAAGCUCAACAGCAGAUGACCAAACCCAAGACGUUAAAAGAUGCAGUGAAGCCUAAGCAUAAAAGAAAAAAGAAGAAUUUGUUGAACACUGAUGGGAGUUAA